CAGCACGCCACCCGACGGCGCGUUUUUCCCACGCGCUAAUCGCGGCCGUCUGUGAGAAUGUGAGAUGCACUCGCCGGCGGAAAAAGAAAUAAAAAAGCUGAAAAAAAUAGCAUCCAAUUUGUGUCGUAAGAGGUCAACACUCUACACCAACACUCAGCUGAGCCACAGUUAUCUGGCAUCAGAAAACUGCGCCGUUUGAUUUCUCUCCACUGCUUCGCCGCUCCACGCCUUCAUCUCCGGUUUAUUAAUCUCCAUUUGGAUGAUGAUUACACCGCCGACGCUCUGAUUUGGCUUCUUUUAUCCUGUUUUGAGACAGUUGAGGAGAUGAUUGGAACAAGUCAUCACUGCCAAUCCCUGUAUUAUUUAGUCUUUCUGGUGGCAGGAUUGUUGUUAUCGUUACAUACUGGGACGAUAACUGUGAAAGCCGAGGAUUCUUCAUCAAUCAUAUCUAGAUUUCAGGAUUACCUUAGAAUAAAUACUGCCCAACCCAACCCCAGCUACUAUGAAGCUGCUGAUUUCAUCAGCUCGCAAGCCAAGUCUCUCUCGUUGGAUGUCCAAAUCUUGGAGUUUGUAAAAGGCAAGCCACUGUUGCUCCUCAAGUGGGCUGGCAAGAACCCUGCACUCCCGUCAAUCCUACUCAAUUCCCACACAGAUGUGGUACCUGCAGAGCACCACAAGUGGAAUCAUCCACCUUUUGAAGCACACCUUGACCCCUCCUCUGGCCAUAUCUAUGCCCGGGGCUCCCAAGAUAUGAAGUGCGUGGGACUCCAAUAUUUGGAGGCCAUCCGCAAGCUCCAGGCUUCAGGCUUCCAUCCACUGCGCACUGUGUACCUCACAUUUGUGCCCGAUGAAGAAAUAGGCGGGCAUGAUGGUGUGGAGAAGCUUGCAGAUUCUGACACUUUCAAGAAUAUGAAUGUAGGGAUCGUUCUGGACGAGGGAUUGGCUUCUCCUACUGAGAAUUACCGGGUUUUCUAUGGGGAGAGGUCCCCCUGGUGGCUGGUGAUUAAGGCUACAGGUGCACCUGGUCAUGGGGCUAAGCUCUAUGAUAAUACUGCUAUGGAGAAUUUACUCAAGAGCAUAGAGAGCAUCAGGAGAUACAGGGCCUCUCAGUUUGAUUUGAUCAAGUCUGGACAUUUUGCUGAAGGAGAGGUCACUUCUGUUAAUAUGGUUUUCUUGAAAGCUGGAACCCCGUCUCCUACUGGCUUUGUCAUGAAUUUGCAACCAUCUGAAGCUGCAGCUGGUUUCGAUAUCCGAGUCCCGCCAACUGCUGAUGCAGCUGCCCUCGAGCGACGAAUCCUAGAGGAAUGGGCACCUGCUUCACGUAAUAUGACCUUCGAGCUGGGUCAGUUCAAGCAGAGGGCAACUAUGCAAGACAAGUACGGGAAGCCACUGAUUACCGCUUCUGACAGUUCAAAUCCGUGGUGGCGGCUGUUAGAGAAGGCAGUAAAAGACGCCAACGGGAAACUUGCAAAGCCGGAGAUCUUUCCUGCUGCAACAGACUCUCGCUAUUUCAGGGAGCUCGGCUUGCCAGCGAUUGGCUUUUCUCCUAUGGCAAACACUCCCAUUCUUCUUCACGACCACAAUGAGUUCUUGAACAAGGAUGAAUAUCUGCGAGGAAUCUCCGUUUAUGAAUCGAUCAUCAAAGCAUAUGCAUCUUAUGUUGAACCUACGAGGGAUGAAGCUUCGAGAGACGAGCUGUAACGAUGCAUCCAGCCGGUGCCGCCGCCUUCUCUCUCCGGCAAGGAAGUUGCAAGAAUGCAGCCUUCUGCAUACCGUCGCCAAGAACUUGCAACUCCAAAGUGUUGAAUGUGCAUUAAGGUAGUGUUUAAUAAAAUGAAUCGAUUUUCAGCACUUUGCAUAUGAAUAAUGAUGGUUGGAAAUAGAUUUGAACGAUAAACGUUUUUUUUCUACUUUAA